UCUGACAACGUGUAUUUUUGUUGUUCGUCUUUUGUUCAAUUGUCAUUGUGUGCGACAGUCAACGGUGCGCAUGGAUCCGUACGACUCUCUGGAGGAGAACGAGGAUGAGAGGACGUUCGGAAAACCGUUGGAGACGGUGGCCGCAGUCGAACCUCCAGAUCUCUCCACGAUCCUUCCUCUUUACGGAAAGGAAACCUGCAAGAGCGAAGUAAAACUAUCGUCUGGAAAGCAACAUCAUCAUCAUCGUGCCGCCACCGUUACCAGACCACCACCUUCCAGGAGACCCAACCGAAAGCAGAAACCGAUCGCGAGAAAGGAAGAGUUAUGUCGCAGGGAUGCCAACGGUAGCUUCUGCAGCGUGACAGCAAGCAGCAUCAUCCUGGAGGCGAAACCGAAAAAGUCGUACCUGGACAUCUUCCACGCCAGGAUCGGGUACAUCAGGACGGGCGGGAACGACACGACGCGCGCUGUCGUCGAUCCCCAUACAGAUCGGAAAUUGUCAUCGUCAUCAUCAUCAUCGACGUCAUCAACAACAUCAUCCAAAGCCGCCUCAGAUUCCACGGAAUUCGUCGACGCCAAGUCUUUUGUUUCGGACAGCAGCAGCUUCUACUUGAAUCACAUAGAGGUAGAACGGCGGGCGAAGAGGAACGUGGAAAGCGGACUGUUAGAGCUAGAGUCCGGCGACAAUUUACGAAGCGUAUCCGAAGCGCGCAGUCACAGCAACGCGCCUCCACGUCCGAAGCCGCCUUCUUCGCAGACGCGCCUCAUCUUAGAAGUGCCGGCGUUGGGGAGAUUGGGACCUGACCCGGAGGUCGUCAAACAGAAGAUGAUCAAAUUCAAACGCCAACAGACGUACGGUCAGCGCGCCAGCAACGAGAAUCGCAUCAGGAUGAUGGAGAAGGCCGUCCUCAAGAACUUCAAUCUGGAGCUGAAGAAGUCUGCGAAUCUGAGCAAGUGCACCGAGACGCUCCUCAAAACGUGAACAGCAAUUAAUAUAUGCAGACGCAAAUUAAAAAAAAAGAUUGGCAAAUCAU